UACAUUUGUAUUGAUAAUAAUAAGUUACGAGCGGCGGUACGAAAUAAACGCGGGUGAAACUGUGGGCAAAAGCUAGUCUACAUAUAAGGUAUCAACAUUUUUACUAAAUUACGUCUUUAGAGAAAACCCUGGCGUUAAGUUUGUUGCACCGCUUCUUCUUCACCUGCGCUUUGAAAAUCGCCAGUAGCUUUAAGCAAUUUUAUGACAUAAAUAAUUAUUGUAAAUCAUCGUUAUCAUCCCAGCCUAUAAUACUGAGGCCCUGCAGUAGGCAUUCUGCUCUCGAACUGUGAAGUCGCCCUUACUUGUGUUACUCCGACGAGUAAAAAAGUCGUGAAAAGUGAACAAUUGUGCUGUGAUUUGUGUGUUUUAUUAAUUGAUCGGACAAUGGCUAUAUCUGAAGAUCACCAAUCAUAGUCUCGUCCCAUGAUAUCGGAGAUAGAAACAGAAAUAGACCCACGAUGCAACACCACAAUCGAAACAGAAGUCCUUAUAGAAAACACAGAAGAACAGAACACGACCAAACACAUAUAUCACAUUAUUACAAAAAUAGACGAAAAUGCAAAAGUGCAAAAAUCCAUCUGCGGUUUGAACUCUAGUCAAAAUAUGACUUGUGAUUUCGAAGAAAAUUAUGAAGUUUUUGAAAUAAGUGUAGUUAUAAUAUUAUGUCUUUUAAUUGUAGUGACGGUCAUAGGUAAUACAUUGAUAAUAUCGGCUGUAGUGACUACGAAGAGGCUGAGGACAGUUACAAACUGUUUUGUGACGAGUUUGGCGGUCGCUGAUUUGUUGGUCGGUAUCUUUGUGAUGCCUCCAGCGAUUGCUGUACACAUUACUGGUAAAUGGGAGCUGGGUUGGAUCCUCUGCGAUAUCUGGAUAAGCCUGGACAUUCUGCUCUGCACGGCUUCCAUCCUGUCCCUCUGUGCGAUCAGUGUCGAUCGCUAUCUAGCGGUGACCAGGCCUUUGACCUACUCCAGAAGGCGAAGAUCAAAGAAGCUGGCGUUGACGAUGAUUUUUUUUGUCUGGAUUGCAGCCGGUGCUAUUACCUGUCCACCAAUGUUUGGAUGGUACGAACCAGAUCACAACCAAGGCGGCGUGUGCCGGUACAAUCAGAAUCCAGGGUACGUGGUCUUCUCAGCCAUGGGCUCGUUCUUCCUGCCCAUGGCUGUGAUGGUCUACGUGUACGCGAGGAUAUCCUGCGUAGUGGCACGACGACAUCAGCAAUUGGCCAGCUCGACUAAGUGCAGUAAGAGAGCGAAGCUGUCUUGCAUCAGGACCGAAUCGGACUCAGGAUCGGACAAAUUGUCCUUACGGCAAACUGCAUCGAAACAAACGUCAAAAUCUACACAACAGAGCGAGUGCUCGUCGCAAGACCACAAAUGCCCUUGUUGCUUCAAAGCCGACCGAAAGAGACAGAAAUGCAAAGGGAAAGAGAAAGAAUCGAGGUUUUACAACGAAGUGACGUACAAAGCAAACUACAAAUAUAAGAAUACGCAAAGGAAUCGGACACACUCAAUGAGAGAUCACGUAGAAAAUAAUAGGGUUUCCUCCCUAAGGCGGGAAACGAAAACAGCUCAAACAUUAAGCCUAGUGGUAGGAGGUUUCGUUGCGUGUUGGCUUCCAUUCUUUUUGUACUAUUUGCUAACUCCAUUUAUACCAUCAGGUUACGACAAUCCAGUAUUAAUGUAUAUACUGACGUGGCUUGGUUGGUUCAAUUCGGCGAUAAAUCCAUUUAUUUAUGCGUUUUAUUCCCCUGAUUUUAGAUUAGCUUUUUGGAGGUUGACAAUUAGGAAAUGUAAAAGAGGUAGCAAGCAUUAGUGUUGUGUACUGACUGAAUGAGUCACAGAUAUGAGAACAGUAAUGUUCUUAUAUCCGUGGAAUGAGUCUAGUCAUUUUGUUUUUUAAACCAAUAGAUCGACAAUAGGGUAGUUGCCAUAAAGUCAAUUUAAAUCAUAUAUUUUUUUCCAUGUGUCAAAAACAAAAAGCUUGUAUAGGUAACAGUGGAGAUAAAGUGACGUAACACAUGAAGUAAACAAGCGUUUCAACUAUAGGUACUUCAAUGGGAACUAAAAAUACUUAAUCUUAUACUAUAAAUAAAAGUAAACAAAGUGAUAUUUGAUAUCGUGAUUUCUUACGUGAAUGCGAAUUUAUACAUUUUAUUUUAGGCCCAGGCAUUUAUCCUAUUGUGUAAAUUAGGACGUGAAAAGUUAUCUUUUCCGAUUGAAAUAAUUAUUGUGUAUAUAACUUUUAGCUUGUUCAAUAUUAAACAUUUUUUAAAGUUGAUGUUCAUUCACAUAAUUAUUGAAUAUGUUCUCUAGAUAGAAAUUCGAGUUUCUUCCUUUUGUCUUAAAAAAAUAUAUUUUAAAAUUCCACAUUGUAAAAACAUAUGAGUUUUUGGAAAUGUUUAGUAAUGCGCAAUGUUUUAUUAUACUGUUACAAAAAUAUCUAUAUAUACACGAAGUGGUAAGAUAUGGUAAUUUGGGCAGAUCGUUUAAACGAAGUUUCAAUUUAAUAUUAACUGUUAUAAAUUUAUUCGUCUUUACGAUUAAACUUCGCAUAAAUGUUAUAGUCACAGAACCGUAUAUACCGUUUCUUACUUACAUAGGUUUUUUGUAACACCUUGUAUUCGAUAUUAAGAAUAUUUUACUUUUUUUCAUUACAAUUACUUGUUUUUAAUUCACUGUACUGUUGAAAAUUUAAUAACACCAAAUGUGUAAUUUACUUCUACACUUACAUGAAUGUAAAUAUUUAUUAAAAACCUUUGUUUUAUAAAUAUUUUAUGUCUAAAACUAAAUGAAGUUCACUUUGAAAUAGCAUAUAAAUUAAAGUACUUAGUGUCUAAAAGAAUCUUAACAUAUUUUCACUAGUCAUUAAGUAUAAGUGAGUAAGCGCUUCAAUUAGUGCUGCGAAGUUUGUGAUAUAAACGAAAAAUAUUAAAGU